UGAUUUGUAUCAUUGCCAGUCAAAUUUUGUGCGAAUCGGAGAAUUCUGGAAAAGCAAAUUUAAUCUGUGAAAUAUAAUUAAAUCCACGGUCCUUUUCACAAAACAACAAUGAGCGCCUUUCCAGGAACGUUCGCGUUCGACGAAUAUGGUCGGCCUUUCAUCAUUCUCCGUGACCAGGAGCAGCAGAAGCGCAUCACUGGAACAGAUGCCAUCAAGACGCACAUUAUGGCUGCGCGCCAGAUUGCCUCGACGCUGAAGACGUCGCUGGGUCCCAAGGGUCUGGACAAGAUUAUGGUCAGUUCCGAUGGCGAUGUGACGGUCACCAACGACGGAGCCACCAUCAUGAAGCUCAUGGAGGUGGACCAUGAGAUUGCCAAGCUGAUGGUGCAACUGUCGCAGUCGCAGGAUGAUGAAAUUGGCGAUGGCACCACUGGUGUCGUUGUCCUGGCUGGCGCACUGUUGGAGCAGGCUGAGGGUUUGAUCGACCGUGGUAUUCACCCCAUCCGUAUUGCCGAUGGUUUCGAAUUAGCUGCUCAGUGUGCUAUCAAGCAGCUGGAUGCCAUUGCUGAACCCUUCCCCGUGGAUCCCAAGAAUAAGGAGCCGCUCAUUCAGAUUGCAAUGACCACGUUGGGCAGCAAGAUUGUCAACAAAUGUCAUCGCCAGAUGGCUGAAAUGGCUGUCGAUGCUGUGCUUAACGUUGCUGAUAUCGAGAAGAAGGAUGUCAACUUUGAGCUGAUCAAGAUUGAGACGAAAGUCGGUGGACGCAUGGAAGACUCGAUGCUGGUCAAGGGUGUCAUUGUGGACAAGACUCUGAGUCACUCGCAAAUGCCCAAGGAGUUGAAAAAUGCCAAACUGGCCAUUCUCACCUGCCCAUUUGAGCCCCCAAAGCCAAAGACCAAGCAUAAGUUGGAUGUCACCUCCGCCGAAGAUUACAGAGCACUGCGCGAAUACGAGCAGGAGAAAUUCACGCAGAUGGUCAAGCAGGUGAAGGAUGCCGGCGCCACCUUGGCCAUUUGCCAGUGGGGCUUCGAUGACGAGGCCAACCAUCUGCUGUUGCAGCAGGAAUUGCCCGCCGUGCGUUGGGUCGGUGGUCCCGAAAUUGAGCUCAUCGCCAUCGCUACAGGUGGUCGCAUUGUGCCCCGCUUCGAGGAGCUGACACCUGAGAAAUUGGGCCACGCUGGAUUAGUGCGUGAGAUGGCCUUUGGUACGUCCAAGGAUAAGAUGCUGGUCAUUGAGGAGUGCAAGAACUCCAAGGCUGUCACAAUCUUCUUGCGCGGCGGCAAUGCCAUGAUCAUUGCUGAGGCCAAACGUUCCAUUCAUGAUGCUAUCUGUGUGGUGCGUUCUCUGGUCAAGGACUCGCGUAUUGUUUAUGGCGGUGGCGCUGCUGAGAUCAGCUGCUCUCUGGCUGUGGCCAAGGAGGCCGAUCAGCUGUCGACACUGGAACAGUAUGCAUUCCGCUCGUUUUCCGUCGCCCUGGAGAGCAUUCCCCUGGCACUGGCUGAGAACAGUGGCCUGCAUCCAAUUGAAACGCUGUCGGAGCUCAAGGCCAGCCAAGUGGCUGAGAAGAACUCCAGCUUGGGUGUCGAUUGCAUGCUGACUGGCGAUUCGGAUAUGAAGAAUCACAAUGUGGUCGAGUCUCUCAACUCGAAGAAGCAACAGAUUCUGCUUUCCACGCAGCUGGUCAAGAUGAUACUCAAGAUCGACGAUGUGCGCUCCAAGAACAAUGGCAUGUAAAUGGCCAUGUCAAACCACAACAACACACACCCCAAGCAUUAACUCACAUACUAAAUCGCAUCGUACUUCGCUUUGCCUAUGUUCACGCUCUACUUCAUAUAUAUAGAUUCGUAUAUCUCUGUAUUAAUUGUUUACUUUUAUUAAUCAACAACACACACUUCUUUGGAAAAGAAACAAAAUCAAGAACAACAUCAAACUAAGGAAUCAACCUUAAUUCGGUUGCGUUUAAACAAAAUACAAUUUACUAAAAACUCAA